ACCACCUCACUUUGGGGUCCUUAACCAUGUAAAUCCCCAUAGGCGAAAAACUGUGUUCUGAGACCUUCAUUGACGUGUGUUCCCUUCUCGACAAGAUGGCCACCUCCGCCCAAAUAAGAGCUGGAAAGAAGCGUGAGACUCUGGACACAGAAGACAAGACGUCUAUUCUCGACAGUCAAACGUGGCAGACUGUAAACAGUGAAGUCAACCUGAGCUUUCUCCUGCCUCUUCAGCUGGCCGGUUCCAUUGCUGCAAAGGACGUGUUCCAACAAGACGCCACCCAAGGCAGCUUACCGACACGACACAGCACCGUUUCGUUCCUCGGAGAUGCCAGAGCUGGUAAGACAAGUCUGGAAAAACACCUGCUCGAGAAGCCAUUUGACCCUGCUGAAGUAGCAACAAAAGGACUUGAGUUUGAUUUGGUACAAACAGAUGUGACGAAAGUCGGUGAAGGUUGGCAAGUUGCUGACGAAGGGCCUUACAGCAGAUAUAACACCGGCCGUGCUCAUUAUGUUGCCCUUCAGAUUUUGAGAGAAUUGAAGUCUGUGGUCGAUCCUCCCAAAUUUCUUGGUCCAGGAAUCAUUGCGUUGUUAAACUACGCUUUAGCUCUCGCACUCAUUGCCAUGAUGACGGUUUUGUCAGUUGGUUUUCAGCUUGGGUUUGGUGUCGCACUUCUAUUACAAAUUGGCAUUUUCAAGCUAAUCGGCCAAGGUUACUAUGCUUCAGGAAUAUAUGCUACACAUGUAAUUGUGAUACAUCUCGCCGUUGACUUCUUUACAAGGUAUGGCUUCCUUAGGAGUAUUUUCAUUGCGUUUGGGAAUGAACAGUCGGUUGGAUAUCCCUAUAUUCAGUACGUUAUGUUUGUAAUUGUCAUAGUUAUAGUUACUUUCGUCGUUGUACUGCCAUGGCCGGUGGGAGGAAGACGUGGCAUUGCCCUGGCCUUUUGCCUCAUGUCCGCUCCAACUCAAUUGCAUUUUGAGGACUUAGCUUCACAUUUUCAGUUAACUGUAAAUGCACCAUCUCAGUCUCACACCUUUCUUUUCGUUGCCGCCAUUUUUGUUGGCAUCGUGGUAUCAUCCAGUAGACGCAGGAUUUCGGGAUUACUUGUCCUACUGUUAACAGCUUUAGCAAUCACAAACACUGCAGACAAUGGAAGUGAAAGUUUGGAUGUCAUGCUGAGUCUGGUUGGUGGUGUUUCAGGAGGAGCAACAGGGUUCAUAACCUGUGACAUCAUGAGAAGACUGUGCAACUUCAACCGCCGCGGUCUUCAACUAGAGGUCUUGAUGGGCCCAAUAGGCUUUGUCUAUGGUAUUGGACUGUGUUGGAUUUACGGUUGGCGGAUGGUUUUGCCAUCCACAUGGACAGAUGGAUAUUACAUCGUUCCUAAUAUUGUUGCAAUGUUCCUUAUUGUACAAACAGAAAGGCAAAGGGUGUAUUUGGCAUCUCAAGAAAUUAAGAGCUAUCCUGCACUACUUGUUGGUAGGAGCAUCAGAACCUUAAAUCAUGUCAAGGAUUUGCCUCUCAAGUUCACCUUGAUAGAUUUUGCAGGAGAUACUGUCUAUCACUGCACACAUCAUCUGUUUUUAUCGAAUCUUACAACUCAUUUGAUUGUCUUCAACAUGGAAAGAUUAGAACAGGAGCCAGACUACAUUAGGCGUAUAUACUAUUGGGUCCAGUCUGUAAUAGUCCACGUGCAAAACCCCAAUCCUCACAUCUUCAUCGUUGGGACACACACAAACAGUUUGCCGGUAGACAGAACAAAGUUUCUAGCAAGUAAGGUAAGCAAGGCAUUGCUUAGUAAUGAAAACUUUACCCAGUCUAUUGUGGGGAAACCAGGCAGCAAAAAUGAUGUUGUGUUCUGUGUGGAAAACUCUAUAUCUCUUUGGAAAGAUGAUCAAGCUCGUCUCCUUCGAAAAGCCAUCAUGGAUGUUGCCUCCUCGUCAUUAAAAUCCAAGAAACACGUUCCUAUCAAGUGGCUCAAAGUCAGUGAUUUCAUUAGCAAGUACAAAUCCAGUUCUACACACACGUGCCUCAUGGACAAACGUGCCUUGCUUGACAAGCUGAGACAGGAAGGUGUUGUUCAGGUAGAAGAUGAGGCAGAAGAGUUUGAGGAGAUGCUGCAGUUCUAUGACGAAAUCGGAGAGAUCAAGGUCAUGGGUGAUGUUGUAGUCUUGAAUCUGAAAGCUUUGGUUCAGCUUGUUGUAGAGCUUGUGGAGCUUGAUUGUGAUGAUCAUGAGCUUGGAAUCGUCCAUGUCAGUUCUUUCCGAAGAGUAUGGAAAUUCUUGACGGCAGAGAGUUUCUUUUCCACCAUCGCGUUACUCGAAAGAUAUGACAUUCUCUGUCCGAUUUCACGAGAGCAGUAUCUCGUACCCUUGCUUCUCAAAACAAUUAAUGAGACUACAGCCAAGAAAGUCAAGCAAGAUACCGAGGAGACAGAUCAUUCUGCUUCAGCAUUCUGGGACACCUCAGAUUCGGACACGGUUAUCUACUUCAAGUUUUACAGGUUCUACCCCGAGGCCAUCUUUCUGCAUCUGCUUGCCCGGUGUUUGUCAAUAUCACAGAAAACCCACGACCUUGGUCGCGGAGCAGACCGAGAUGUCUACAGAGAUGUGGGCAGAUUCUACCAGGGACAUGAUUUCUACUACAGAUUGGAGCUGGUGUGUCAAUCUGUGGAGCAGAACAUGAUCCAGGUCACUGUCAAGUGUGCUCCAGACAGAGGUGCUCAUUCUCUACUGUCCAGACUUCACAAGGACUUGCAGCAGAUCCGAGACAGGGAGUUCCCUAACUUGCACUACACAUUGGGGCUUUCGUGCCCAGCGUGCAGAUUAUCUAACCACGAAAGGGACGAAAGGACUCCACAUAUCCUGAGGAUAGCAGGACAUGACGAAGAGCUCCCACGACCCGGGGAGAAAGUUACCCUGAUGUGCCGAGGUAAAACCUUUGAUCUGGACCUUGGUGGAAAUGAACCAUCUUGGGAUAUUGCCCGGCAGUUGAAGACAGAAGAGAGCACCAAAACGCCUAAACAGAAAGGUACGUAGCUAUUUCCUGCUUACGCUUAUUGUCUGUGCUACCACAAACUAUAUAUACUGACUGUAAAGUGCAUCAAGAGAUGAACCUUUGCUGACUUGAUAUCAUAAAACAUCUUCUUAGACUGAAAUUUGUUGUUCC